AUUGAAUAAAACCGGUCCCUUUAAUCGAAAUCGACAUGAUAAAAUGCAAAUCCAUUUAUUGUGUUUUUAAAUUCAGCACGUGCUAAAAUUAUUAGUUGUUGUUUCUGAAAUAAGUUUUUAAAUAUACGUGAUGGGGAAGCACAAGAAAAGGAAAUUAGAUGAAAAAGAAUCAAAAUCAGCUAAAAAGCGCAAGGAAGAUGAGGAUGAAAAUGAUUUUUCAGAAGAUGAUCAGGAGGAAUCUAAUAGUUUAAAUGCAAAUAAUGCUGUUCCCAAUGCAGCUAAUAGAAAGGUUGGAGAUAUCAAUGAUAAUUUGGAUGAAUACGGAGCAAAAGACUAUCGUAAAAUUGUGAGUUUAAAAGCUGAUCACCAAUCAAGACCAUUAUGGGUGGCACCUGAUGGUCACAUUUUCCUAGAAUCAUUUUCAGCUGUGUAUAAACACGCUCAUGAUUUUCUGAUCACUAUCGCUGAGCCUGUUUGUCGACCAAAGUUUAUUCAUGAAUACAAACUUACUGCUUAUUCACUUUACGCAGCUGUUUCUGUUGGAUUACAGACAAAAGACAUCAUAGAGUAUUUAACACGUUUGAGUAAAACAACCAUACCUGAAGGAAUUGUUCAGUUUAUAGAGUUGUGCACAAUCAGCUAUGGUAAAGUCAAAUUAGUUUUGAAACACAACCGUUAUUAUGUGGAAAGCAACUUUCCAGACGCAUUACAACAGUUGCUAAAAGAUCCAGAAAUUCAAAUGUGCAGAGCUUUAUCUAAAGAUGACGGAUCAAAUGGAGAACUAAUUUCGUCAAAGAUUGGCACUCAUAAUGCACUUAAGUUAAAUCAUUCUCAAAUAAAUAAAGACACAAAUGUACCUAAUGAACAAGAAAAGCAAGAGGAAGAAAAAGAAUCAAUACCUUCAGAUAUUGCUGACUAUCUUGGAAAAGUUAUGAUGGAUGAAGAUGAUGAGGCAGAAGAACCUGUCAAUACUGUUUCAUUUGAAGUUGCUCAGGAGCACAUUGAAGUUUUACAAAAAAGAUGCAUUGCAUUAGAUUACCCUUUGCUUGCUGAAUAUGAUUUUACUAAUGAUACCAUUAACAAAGAUAUAAAUAUGGAUUUGAAACCUUCUACACUAUUGAGACCAUAUCAGGAAAAAAGUCUGCGUAAAAUGUUUGGCAAUGGAAGAGCGCGUUCUGGUGUCAUUGUUCUACCAUGUGGAGCCGGAAAAACAUUAGUAGGUGUCACUGCUGCAUGCACUGUGCGAAAGAAAUGCUUGGUCCUUUGUACAUCAGGUGUUUCUGUGGAGCAAUGGAAAUCACAAUUCAAGUUAUGGGCAAAUAUAGAUGAUAAACAUAUCUGUAGAUUUACAUCUGAUACAAAAGAUAAGCCAGUUGAUUGUCACCUUGCUGUUACAACGUAUUCCAUGAUUGCGCAUACAAUGAAGAGAUCAUAUGAAUCCACACUAAUAAUGGAUUUUUUGAAAAAUACGGAAUGGGGUUUAAUGCUUCUUGAUGAAGUUCAUACAAUUCCAGCAAAACAGUUCCGAAGAGUACUUACUAUUGUUAAUGCUCAUUGCAAGCUUGGUUUGACAGCUACUCUAGUUAGAGAAGAUGAUAAGAUACAGGAUCUUAAUUUUCUGAUCGGGCCAAAACUUUAUGAAGCAAAUUGGAUGGAAUUACAAAAUAAUGGAUAUCUUGCUAGAGUACAAUGUGCUGAGGUUUGGUGUCCAAUGAGUCCAGAGUUUUACAGAGAAUAUUUGAGUAUACCAUCUAGGAAGCGGAGUUUAUUUUAUGUGAUGAACCCCAACAAAUUUAGAGCAUGUGAGUUUUUAAUUCGAUUUCAUGAAAGGAGGAAUGACAAAAUAAUUGUUUUUGCUGAUAACGUAUUCGCCCUGAAACAUUAUGCAGUAAAGUUGAACAAGCCUUUUAUCUAUGGACCUACAUCACAAAAUGAGAGAUUGCAUAUCAUACAAAACUUUGUUCAUAAUCCCUUAGUAAACACAAUAUUCAUUUCUAAGGUUGGUGAUACAUCUUUUGAUAUGCCUGAAGCAAAUGUCCUUAUUCAAAUUUCUUCUCAUGGUGGUUCAAGAAGACAGGAAGCCCAACGCCUUGGAAGAAUUUUGCGAGCUAAAAAAGACAUGGCUGCUGAGGAAUACAAUGCAUUCUUUUAUUCAUUGGUAUCAACAGACACAGAAGAGAUGUUCUUUUCAAAUAAAAGACAACGUUUUCUAAUAAAUCAAGGAUACAGUUAUAAAGUUAUAACAAAACUCGCUGGAAUGGAUGAGGAAAGUUUAUCAUACUCAAACAAAAAAGAGCACCACGAGUUAUUGCAAAAGGUAUUAGCAGCUACUGAUACAGAUGCAGAAGAGGAAAAAAUACCUGGAGAUUCGGCAAACAAAUCUGGAAAUCUGUCGGUUGUUCGUCGUCAAGGCUCAAUGGCAUCAAUGUCUGGAGCCGAUGAUAUGGUUUAUUCAGAAUAUUCAGGCAAAACGAAAAGUCGACAUCCGUUAUUUAAGAGGUUUCGUCUGUAACAACAGUAUGAAAAGCAAACGUUAGUCGUUAAUUGUUUAGGCAGUUGUUUUCAACCGAGAUUCAUUUUACACAGUAGUAAUAACAAUUAUUAAAUGUUAUUUUCAAGGCUUCGUAACUAGUUUAAACGUGUUUUUUUAUAAAAAGCACAAAUAUCAAGAGAAUAGCAGAUGACGUCGACAUCAAGAGAAUAGCAGAUGACGUCGACAUCAGCGAAAACUCCGAUUUUUGUUAUUCUUUUAAAUUAAAUAUUUCGUUAAACAAAACAUAACUUGACAUUAUCCUAAAACAUUUUAUGAAGGCAGAAACGAGCGCUGUAAUAAAUUCAAGCCACAAAUAAUCGUGAUGAGUAUCAUACCAAUAUGCAAUCAUUAAAAAUUAAAUGUUUCGCAUCUAAACGGUUAACGGGAUAAGAGUUGUUCUAAAUUAUUUAAGCUUCUAUUUAAAA